AUGAUAAUAUUGCAGUUUUUUUUUAUUCUUUUUUUAUUUGUACUAAGUAAUAUAAAAUGUAUUUGUUCGUUAAAAUUUGAUAAGUUUAAAAAUAAACUAUAUUUACAAGGAAAUAAAAAUGGUUCUAAUCAAAAUUACCAUAAGAGAAAAAUAAGUCCGUUAUUUAUUAAUAGUAAUUAUAAGGAUAAUGUAAAUUUCAGGAAUAGCUACAUACUUGACAAACUUAAGAACAACUAUACUCAUUUCAUGACCUACAAUAGACAUAAAAAUAAAAAAUCAAUACACAAUGGUAUAUUAACUUUUUCAAUCCCUAAUAAAUCGGAAGCAAAAGAAAUGACAUCUAUUGAAGAUGCUGAGAAAGAAUCGUCUCAAAAAAAAAAUGUUGAAAAUGUGAAUGACGAUCAAAAUGGUAAAAAUGUAUUUUCUGAAAAGGAAUACAUCAAUUUGAACAAAAGAAAUAAAAUUUACAAAUUAAAUGGAACAAAAUAUAAUAAAGGAAAAACAGAUAAUCUAAAUAUUGUUGAUAUACAAAAUAUAAAUGUGAAAGAUUUUUUAGUAAACAAGGAUGAGAAUAGAUCCCUGGCUUUGCAAGACUAUAUUUAUAAGUCAUGGAAAGAAAAAAACUUCUCUAACUUUUUUAAUGCUAUAAAUAAUAGUGCAUUUAAUUAUAUGUGUAUAGAACAAUGGCUACAUAAAUUGUCAAUAAGCUUAAACAAAAACCAUUUAAAAAUAAAACUAAUAGAUGAUAACAUAUUAAUAAGAAGUAACCAAUUUUCAAAUAAAUCCGAAACAGCAAAAGAAAUGAAAAUUGGGCAUGAUGUAAUAAAUAACCAUUUAAAAAUGUUAAUAGAUAAUAUAGAUAAAUUUUGUUCAUAUGAAAUAACAUCUAUUUUAUGGGCUAUAACAAUAAUUCUAUUAAAAGUAAUUAAGACUUCAAAUAAUUUAGAAAAUGGUAUUUAUAAUGUUAAACAUACAGAUUUAGUCAUAUCUAUACUUAAUAAUUUUAAAUUAUUUUUUUCAAAAAUUAUAAAAAAUUUAAAUAGAAUAAAAAAUAAUGUUUCAAUAGAUGAAUCAUUAUGGGCUAUAUGGAGUAUUACUAAAUUAUUAUAUUUUAAUUUGGCAAUUGAAAAAUAUUUGAAUUUUUACACGAAAGAAAAUCAUAAUAGAUCUAUUACAAUUCAUGAUACAAACAUGAGUCUACAAAAUAGGGAUGGUAUAGACCCAUUUUUAAAAUCUGAAAGUAAACAAAAUGAAAUAACUAAAAUGAAAGGAAAUAUAAAGAGAGAUAACAAAUCAAAUGAAAAAAUGCAAAUAUUUAUGGAUAAAUUUAAGUUAAAUAAAGAGGAUGUAAUAAAUAUAUUUGAAAUAUAUAAUUAUAUUUAUACAAAGUUAUGUUCAAAUUUAAAAUAUUUAAAAGAAAAAUAUUAUGUAUAUAUACCAUUUAUAAUAUUUGAAUCACAAACAUUAAUGUUAAAUAGUGGCAUAUUAUUAUUAAAUAAAAUUGUUCAUAAAAUAUUAGAAAAUAAUAUAUUAAUCAAAUUAUUUAAUUUUGAUCAUUUAAAAAAUAUGUAUUCCCAAAAAAAUAAUACAAAUUUUUAUAACCAAAAUAAAGACAUUUUUCAAGUUAAAACUUUAAGUAAAAUGUAUAAAUUAAUUAAAUGUAUAUCUAAAAUAUUUUAUCCAUUAAAAAAUCAAAAUAUCAUGAACAUGAAUUUACAUAAUAAUUAUAAUAUGCUAGACACAAAAAUUUUAGGGAAAUUUAUUACAGUAUGUAAUGAUGUAUUAAUGAAAUAUGUAGACUAUUUUGUUUUCACGAUAAACAAUCAAAACAACAUGUCUAUAAAUAUAAAAAAUGACAACAAUACAAAUGUAUCUUAUACUAAUAAAGAACAAAUUGAUAAAAUACAAAUAAGAGACGAAGUAAUGAUGAAAUAUAAAAAUGAACUUAUGUUUGUUUACAACUGUUUGAAAAGUUCUUUAGUUUCUUUAAUUAAAUUAGAUCUAAAAAAUAAAUACUUAUAUGAAUGGCUAAAUAAAAACAUUAGCAUUUUUCAAUUUAGAAAAUUUGAUUCUGAUAAAAAAAAUGAAAAUAUGGAAACCUAUUUAGGGGACGAUGAUCCUAUAGUUGAAAUUUCAAAUAAAAAUGAUGAUAACUAUGAAGAGGAUAAUAAUUUUGACGAAAAAGAUAUCAAUAGUGAAUAUAAAAAUGAACUGGAUAAUGAACAAGAAGCGCACACACUUGAUUCUAUUCAAACAGGAAAAGAGUCUAGCAAAUCAGAUGUGUGUCUAGAUGUGCUAGCAUUAAGUAAGUUCACAAAAUUAUACAAUUCAAAUAUGAAAAGAAAAUUAAUAGAAAAUGUUAAAGAUAGUAUUGAAAAAUCGAUAGAACGGUUUGAAAACAUUUAUGGAAAUGAUACAAACACAGAUAAUACAAAAUAUCCUAGCUAUAUAGCAACUAAUGAUAUAUAUAUAAUAAAUGCAAAAGGUAUAGAAGAAUUAUAUGAUAAAGAAACAAGAACUUUUUUAAAAAAUAAUAAAAAUAUAGAAUUUCAUAAUGUAAUUAUGCCAAAACAAUUAUCAAUAUUUAUAAAUUAUUUAGGAAGAAAUUAUUAUUUAAUUGAUAAAAAUAAAUUAGAAAGAAUAUUUUUUAUAUCAUUAAAAUAUAUUAAUAUAACACGAUUUAACUAUUUUACAUCAAAUGAUAUUAUACAUUUUUUACAAGGGUUAUUAAAUUAUAUUAGUUUACAUAAUAAUUUAGAGUUUAUUUCUGAACAUGUUAAUAAAAUGUUAGAAAUAUUAUGCUAUAUUAUUGAAGGCUCAUUCUUAAAAUGGAAGUCUUCAAAUAUUUGUCAAUUAAUUUAUUUACUGGCACGAUUUAAGUAUAUACAUAAAAAUAUAUUUAAUAAGUUUGAUUCUUUUCUAAAUAUUGUUAAAUUUCCAAGUUAUGUAUACGAAAAAGCAAAUAUAGAAAUGCCACUGGAUAAAACAGAUGGUCUAUCUGCCAUUGAAAAUAAUGAUGGUAAUACCGAGGGAGAAUAUAAUAGCAUACUCAAUGAAAGCGAACAAAAUAGUAAUGACAUUUUUGUACAGUCUGAUGAAUAUGAUGAAUUAUUGAAAAACAUUAAUAUCUCAAUAAAUGAAAUUAAGUACGAAAAUUUAGGAUCGGCAAUGUGGGCUAUGACUGCACUUAAUAAAAAUGUCGUUAAAAAAAAAUAUUAUUUAAAAUUUUUUUAUUUAUUUUCUAUAUAUUUUUCUUUACACACUAAAUUAUACUUACAAAAUAGGAAUUUAAAAGGUGAUAAUACUACAGAUAAUAUGAAAAAAAUAAAAAAUACCAUAGAUGAUAGUACUAGUGAACAUGAUGAACAUAUGGAGGAUUUAAAAUUUUUGCAACAAAAUUCAUCAUAUUUUAAAACUCCAUUGGAUACUAUGACAAUAAGUAUAUAUGUAAGCACCUUUAUAAAAAAGAUAAAAAUUGGGUUUCAAUUUUUAUAUGAAGCUAUUCAUAAUCGUGUAGGCAUUAUCGAUAUAUUUACAUUAAAGGAAAUUUCCUAUUUAUUACAUUCAUUAGCACAUGUAAAUAAAAAAUCGAUACAAGACACUAUUUUUUUGUAUGACCAAAAUGAAAAAUAUUCUGAACAUGCAGGUGAUUUGGAGAAAAAUAAAAAAUUUAAUGAAUUUUUAAAUUUAGCUAGCUCAUUAUAUAUUUUGGAAACUGACAAUUUAUUUGAAGCAAAAGAAAAAAAUUCACCUGAACUCACCAAUUAUGAAGGAAGUGAUAUGUCUACAAUGGAAGAAAAUGAUGUUAAUGCAAAUUUAGAAAGUUCUAAUAAUAGUAGUAGUAGUAGCCUGAUUAAAGUGGAAGAAAAUAAUAGUGAUUUAUAUCCAAAGAAUAAUGUAGAGCAUAUUUUAAGAAAAGAUGUUUCUUUAAAUUUUAAAAAUGAGAGAAUAAAUUUGUCAAACGAGUUUUUAAAUAAAUUAAUGGAAAAAAUAAUUUAUUAUACUUCCUACAUUCUUGAUAAAAAAAAAAACUAUUUUGAUGAAACAAAUGAAAAUAAUAAAAUAUAUAUAAGUAAUGCUAAUAAAAAACAUAAAAUAGAAAUUAUUGAUAUAAUAAAAUUAAUAUAUAGCUUUUUUAUUUUUUUAAAUCAAAAAAUCCAAAUAAAUGAAACUCAAGAUAUUAAUUUUGUCCAAGUAGAAAAUAUAAUACAUCAAUACAAUUUAAUUGUUCAAAAAAUACUAACUUCUUUUAAUUAUAUUUAUUUAAUAAUUGAUACAUAUUCUUUGAUAAGCAAUAUAUAUGUUCUUGAUGAUUUUACCCGAGGAAUAAUAAAGGAGUUUGUCCAAAUAUGUAUAAAAAAGAUUGAGGAGGAAAAAAUGUUUGAGGUUGAGAAAAAAAAAAUACUUCUAAGCAUACAGAAUUUAAAAGAAACAAAUAAUUAA